AUGGAUCUGCGGCAGAAGAUCCUCUCGACGGUGCACGCCACGGUGCACGACCACCGCCAUCGCCCCCACAACAAUGGCGAUCCUCCCGGGACGAGCUUUUCAGAAGUAGAAGACAUACAGGUGACGGCGACUGUGCCGGCAGACAGUGACAAUGACGGGGGAAAUGCCGACGGUCUUCCGCAAACCGCGCAGCAGGGUGCGCAGCAGGGCGGUCAGAAGGGCAAGUGGACGGAGCAAGAAGUCUUGAGCGUGCUGCGCGAGGCCUCCGCGGGCAGCAGCGCGUCCGCGCCAGCCGCCGCGCCGCACAGCGCCAGCUUCGGCGCAGCAGCAGCGGCCUUCCGCGAGGCCGGCGCAGGGGCGGCAGGGGCGGCAGGGGCGGCCGGCGCGGGCGGCAGCAGCAAGCCAGGAGGCCACCCGGGCGGGGCGGCAGCGGGCAGCUCCGGCGAUGAUGGCCCGACGCGCGUGCAGCGGUUUCUGAUGCGGCUGGCGGUGGCGCUACACGCGUACGGCAGUUCCGCCGCCCGCACUGAGUUCUUGAUCGAGCGGGCCGGGCGGCGGCUGGGCGUGGACGUGAGCGUGGCUGUGCUGCCAGAUCUGAUUCUGCUCGCCUUCAACCGCGUGGUUGGGGACGAUACUGCUGGGCAGCGCACACACAUGCUCUCAGUGUCGCCCGAUAUGGACCUUGAUAAGCUAGGCCGCGUGGACGAGCUAGCGCGCUGUGUGGGGUUGGGGGAGGCGCACAACCUCAUGGCCGCCUACUGGCAGCUGAGAGCCAUCGCCAACGCACCACCCACCUUCUCCCCGCCCAUGCACCUCCUUGCCAUGGCUCUCAUGUCAGCCAGUGCUGCUGUGCUCUUCUUUGGCGGCAACAUAUGGGACGGGCUGGUAGCGGGCAUCCUGGGUUUCCUCGGAGGCGCCAUGGAGUUUUGGGCCAUCUCCAACUCGCAGGCAGUGACGUCUAUCCUCGAGUUCCUGGUGUCGGUGCUAGCAGCCUUCACGGCCCAUCUGCUCUCAUCCACGCUGCUCAGCGGGCGCAUCUGCAUCUUCGCCACUCUCUUCGGCGCCCUCGUGUGGUUCCUCCCAGGAGUGACACUCACCUUCGGGGUGAACGAGCUGGUAGCGCGAACGCAAGUGACGGGCACGGCAAGGGUGGCAGCGGCCAUAUUCACAUCGCUGCAGAUCGGAUUCGGCAUCUCCGUGGGCAUGGGCCUCUGCUUCUGGGCCGCCUCGCCCACUGCCCUCUCCGACUGCCCGCCCUCCAACCUUCCUCUCUGGACCAACAUCUUCUGGUUCGCCAUGUACGUGGUGGCGAGCAACAUAAGGUGCAACGCGCGGCUGGACCAGUGGGAUGGAAUGACGCUCGUGGCACUCGUGGGCUACGUGGUAUCAGAGCUGGCCUAUCGCACCAUUGGCAACGACACUGCCUCUGUGGUUGCUGCAUUCGCCGUCAGCACGUCAGGCACGCUCUUCUCACACUACGCCCAGGAGUUCCCCCUCGCAAUGAAGAUAUCGGGAAUCCAGCUGCUCGUGCCGGGCGGCAUAGGCGUGCGCGGCGUGGCGGCCAUCCUCAACCAGGACGUGAUGUCGGGCAUCGGGUUUGUCUUUGAGAUGCUCACCGUUGGACUUGCCAUUACCAUCGGGCUCAUUCUCGCGAACCUUGUUCUGCCCGAGUCCAUGUUUGCGCACGGCAGCCGCCCGCAUCAUAAUAAGAGGAGGCUUGCCGCGGAUUUACGGGCAGAUUCGAUGGCACAGAGUGGGAUGGGAGGCCGGGGGGAUGGGAAUAGAGCGAGAGAUGUCGCUGAUGGGGCUGGGGGCGGUGGGGUUAGGGGAGUGUUGGCAGGAGUGCUGGGUUUCGCUGGGUUGCGGAACCGGGGAAAUGGGGAGGACAGAUUAGCUUCCGCAUUUCUUCCCCAGGUGAAAGAAGAGGAGGAUGCAGUAGCAUUCUAG